GGCCGUCCGGGAGCAUGUGGGGGGCUCGGGCGGCGGGGAACGCGGCCGUGGCGAGUUGCCGUGCGCUGCACGGUUUCGGGAGACCGCUAACGAAGAUGCUCCGCAGAAAGAAGAAGAAGUUCUGGUACGACAGCCCUAUGCUGGGACCUGGAAUGAUAUAUGAGCCAACCAAGCAAGCUGACCCGGCAAAAACUAGAAGAGGAGAUACCAUACGCUGCAAAGUCUUGAAUGGUCUUAUUCAUAAAGCUGUGGCAGAGAUGAUGAGUAGCUGUGAGAUUAAUAAAGAGGUUUAUGAUCUCAAGCUGGAAAUCUGCAAGGUGUCCCUGGCAUCCAACUUUUCAGCAUGUCGUGUGUACUGGAAUCCUGCUUCUACUACAGCCAGUGAUAAUUAUGUUGAAGGGGUGCUGCGGAAAAGUGCUCCACGUAUCCGGUAUCUUCUGAUGAGUCAACGAAUCCUAGGAAAUAUGCCCCCAGUAGUAUUUGUAAAAGACAAAGCAGCUGCAGCUGUAAAAGAGGUUGAGGAAUUGUUGGCUGUUGCUGAUUUUGGACCUCAGGAAGAAGAAACGUCUCAAAAUAAUUCCAGUGAAUCAUUCUCUUCUGCAACUCAAUCUUCAGACUCACCUAUCCGGUCUAAUCUUUUUGGGAUUGAUCAUGAACUGCUGAAUAAGCAGAUAAAGGAAUACAAAAAACUGAAACUGUCAAGAAUUACAGAAAGUGUUCCGUGGACGCAAAGCCAGGCGCAGCAGCUGUCUAAGAUUCAAAAGAAAAUGAAAAAGAAGAAAACAAAGAAUAUUCCCGACGAUGACAUUACACCACAGAAAUACUUACUGGGCAGAUAUGAAGCUGAUUACGUCGACGAUAGCGCUGAAUCGAUGUCAGACUGUGAGCUGGAGGAUGAGUUACAGGAGGUAAACGAAUUAGAGGCAAACGAGGACAAAACUCCAAGUGAGCCUACCGUGAAACUGAAAUGAGGUGGAAGGAGUUGCUCCCUUGGAAAUUGUGAGUGCCAGUGGCACAAAAACGAAUGUCACAGCUACUGAAAGAUUAGUUUUGUACCUCCCGUUUACCACUUCCUCUUUCAGAGCUGCAGGUCUGGCACACAUGGUGUACAACUGCUGGUAUGUUAGAAAAAUGAAAAUGCUGUUUGUCACAAACUGCUGAGCAGCUUUAAAGCAGCUGUAGUUGUAGGAAUUCUAGCCAGAGAGCAGCUUUCUAAUAGCAAAACAUACAUUGUGCAGCAGUGUGAGCUAAAUCUUCCUGCAGUUUUGUUACUUCCAAUAAAAUUAUUGUUUCUAUGCUGAAAUGUUUUUUCAAAAAUAAACUGGAACAAAAUAA